GCUUAUUCUCUCCAACACUCGAGGGUAGAAAGUGUCUGUGGACAUUGACCUGAAGUGAGUUCAGCAGGUUGGACUGGUUUUGAUGUCACUCCUGACUCAGUUCAAAUGCAGAAUGCCGCGGGUGAAUGAACAGCUUCUUCUCUCCAAGUGUUUCUUUGACACAUGAGGGUGGAAAGUGUCUGUGGACAUUGACCUGAAGUGAGUUCAGCAGGUGUGGACUCUGUGAUGAAUCAGUGUGAGGACAGUAAAACUGCUCUGUGUGGAGAAUAUAACAACCAGAUCAAAGCUCACAGGAUGCAGAAGCUGAGCCCAGACUCUCCUGUACCCAGUUGUGUGUCCAUGAAGAGUGACUGGUCUAUGGGUCGUUUUGUUGAGUUUAAAGUUGGACAACCUAUUGAUAGAAGAGUUCAGCGGGAGGGCUUGGAGAUUCCCAGUGAUCAGUCUGUCCAGCAGCAUCAAACAAAACUGGACUCCAUAUUUAUGCUGCUGGAGGAGGACAUCAUCGCUUUUUCAAAGACUGAGCUGAAGAGGAUCCGAAGGGUUCUGAGUCCAGAUUACCCAUUAGACCUGUGUGAGGAUGAGGAGGUGUUAGACAGUAAAGAUGAAGAGCAGAGGAGAAGCAGCAGAGAGGCAUUUCUGACGAUCACACAGCACUUCCUGAAGAGAAUGAUGCAAGAGGAGCUGGCAGACUGUCUGCAGAGCAGAACUCAUAUUGCAGUGUGCCAAUGUAAACUUAGAUCUAACCUGAAGGAGAAGUUCCAGUGUGUGCUUGAGGGAAUUGCUAAAGCAGGAAACCCAACCCUUCUGAAUCAGAUCUACACAGAGCUCUACAUCAUAGAGGGAGGGAGUGGAGAGGUCAACAAUGAACAUGAGAUCAGACAGAUUGAAACAGCACUCAAGAAAAAAGACAGACCAGAAACAACAAUCAGAUGUGAAAACAUCUUUAAAAUCUCACCUGGAAGAGAUGAACCAAUCAGAACAGUGAUGACAAAGGGAGUGGCUGGCAUUGGGAAAACAGUCUUAACACAGAAAUUCACUCUAGACUGGGCUGAAGGCAAAGCCAACCAGGACAUAAAGUUCAUGUUUCCAUUCACCUUCAGAGAACUGAAUGUGCUGAAAUCAAAAAAGUACAGCUUGGUGCAACUUGUUCAUGACUUCUUUACUGAAACCAAAGAAGCAGGAAUCUGCAGCUUUGAAGAGUUCCAGGUUGUGUUCAUCUUUGAUGGUCUGGAUGAGUGUCGACUUCCUCUGGACUUCCGCAACAAUGAGAUCCUGACUGACGUUACAGAGUCCACCUCAGUGGAUGUGCUGCUGACAAACCUUAUUAGAGGGAAACUGCUUCCCUCUGCUCGCCUCUGGAUAACUACACGACCUGCAGCGGCCAAUCAGAUUCCUCCUGACUGUGUUGACAUGGUGACAGAAGUCAGAGGGUUCACUGACCCACAGAAGGAGGACUAUUUCAGGAAGAGAUUCAGAGAUAGGGAUCAGGCCAGCAGAAUCAUCUCUAGCAUCAAGACAUCACGAAGCCUCCACAUCAUGUGUCACAUCCCAGUCUUCUGUUGGAUUGCUGCAACAGUUCUGGAGGAUGUUUUUAAAAUCAGAGAGAGAGCAGAGCUGCCCAAGACCCUGACUGAGAUGUAUAUCCACUUCCUGGUGGUUCAGACCAAACUGAAGAACAUGAAGUAUGAUGGAGGAGCUGAGACAGAUCCACACUGGGAUCCAGAGAGCAGGAAGAUGAUUGCAUCUCUGGGAAAACUGGCCUUUGAGCAGCUGCAGAAAGGCAAACUGAUCUUCUAUGAAUCAGACCUGACAGAGUGUGGCAUCGAUAUCAAAGCAGCCUCGGUGUACUCAGGAGUGUUCACACAGAUCUUUAAAAAGGAGACAGGGCUGUACCAGGAUAAGGUGUUCUGCUUUGUCCAUCUGAGCGUUCAGGAGUUCCUUGCUGCUCUGCAUGCCCAUCUGACGUUCAUUAACUCUGGUGUCAAUCUGCUGUCACAAGAACAAUCAACAUCCUUGUGCCCUGCAGUGUUAGGAUGCAAAGCAACGCGUUUCUAUCAGAGUGCUGUGGACAAGGCCUUACAGAGUCCAAAUGGACACCUGGACUUGUUCCUCCGCUUCCUCCUGGGUCUGUCACUGUCAACCAAUCAGAAACACUUACGAGGCUUGCUGAAAGUGGCCAAAAGGAGCUCACAGACCAAUGCGGUAACCACUGAGUACAUCAAGAAGAAGAUAAUGGAGAAUUUCUCUGCAGAGAAAAGUAUCAAUCUGUUCCACUGUCUGGAUGAACUCAACAACCGUUCUCUAGUGCAGGAGAUCCAACAGUCCCUGAGAUCAGGAAGUCUCUCAACAGAUAAGUUGUCUCCUUCUCAGUGGUCAGCUCUGGUCUUCAUCUUACUGUCAUCAGAAAAAUAUCUGGAUGUGUUCGACCUGAAGAAAUACUCUGCUUCAGAGGAGGCUCUUCUGAGGCUGCUGCCAGUGAUCAAAGCCUCCAACAAAGCCCUGUUGAGCAGCUGUAAACUGUCAGAGAAAAGCUGUGAAGCUCUGGCCUCACUUCUCAGCUCCCAGUCCUCUAGUCUGAGAGUGCUGGACCUGAGUGACAACAACCUGCAGGAUUCAGGAGUGAAGCUGCUGUCAGCUGGACUGGAGAGUCGACAGUGCAGAUUGGAAAUUCUCAGUCUGUCAGGCUGUAUGAUCACAGAGGAAGGCUGUGUUUCUCUGGCCUCAGCUCUGAGCUCCAAUCCCUCCCACCUGAAAGAACUGGACCUGAGCUACAAUCAUCCAGGAGACGUAGGAGUGAGGCUGCUGUCUGUUGGACUGGAUGAUCCCCAUUGGAGACUGGACACUCUCAGGGUGGACCCUGGUGGACUGCAGAGACUGAGACCUGGCGUGAGAAAGUAUGCCUGUGAACUGGAACUGGACACAAACACAGUAAACGGAAACCUCAAACUCUCUGACAGCAACAUGAAGGUAUGGGGGCCUUGGAGAGGCCAGGGAUCUGGAGGUCUAAAGUUCUGAAGCCCCUGCAGUGUAGAAGACCCAGCAGGUGUGGGGCUCCUAGAGAUCUGGGGCCCUUGGAGGUAUUGUCCCCUCACAAAAUGGGAAACAAACAAAGGGGCUUGGACCAGCCACACAGCACCAGUCUGCAACAUGGAACCAUUCGUGCUCAUGCAUACAAACUGGGCAUGGCCAGCCAGUUCUCAUUCCCACCUUGUUAAAUAU